AUGUUGCAAGACAUUGCUUCCGGUCUUGGCCCCUGGGAAGCUGAUGAUCGAGAGAAGGCAAAGAGUGUGUUGUAUGACUUCUCCGGCGACCUCGGAUACAUCACGGUGGUUUCAGCCGCCGUUACGGCUGACGCGAUGUUGCUGGGCUCUCCAUUCUUGCGAGUCUGUGACCAGGACAACGCAGACUAUGCGCUGCAAGCGCCUGCUGCAGCGAAAGCUUUGCAAGAUAUGCGACAUUUUCUAUACGAUGGAGCCAUUUGGCUCCCGGAUGCCCGCAACACGCUCACCCACACUGUCUUGAGAGCCAUAAAAGACAGGCUGAUGAUUCUGCGCCACAAUUCCAAAGACUGUGAAGCAGUGUCAAUGAGGUUCUAUGCCAUCUUCGAGGCCUUCUUCAAGAGUCAUUUCCCGUUCUAUGAGGAGGCAAACUGCAUGGUGGCAUUCAACCUCGACGUCGACAUGACACUUUCCGAUCGCCAGAAAUUCUUGAUGACGCUGGCGCAGAGAUUGAAUGUGGACGGCGGCAAGGCCUGGCGUUCUUUUGUCGGCAGUGGCCGUGGACACACAACUGGGCUAUUGGCGCAGGCCCGUUACUGGGCCAGCAGUGCAGGUCUGGCAAAUCGCCCAGAACAGUCGACUAGUCAAGUCAAGCACAUCUGCCACAGCCCCGAAAGCCAUCACCAGCAAGCAUGGCUGCAAACAUUUCGCGACCUUCGACAAAGCGACGGCCAUGCGGAGGCAAAGCAGCUGCUGGCGUUUUAUCUCUCGGCGCUGAGUGGUACGCAGACAGUCGAGCGCUUCAUAGGUGCCAUGGAGAGUCUCAAGCAAAGACGCACCCUUCACGAUCGGUCUCUCGAGGCCUCUAUGAAACUUGUCUUGAUGGACUUGGGCGGCCGUCGCCGACAGCGUCUGGACCCGUUGGCACUCCUAUCCAAAUCUGCGCCUGGAAGGACGUCUGGCCAGGCCACCGUCCUUCACCCUUCAACGCCAUAUCUCUUGCGAGCUCAGAAACUCUAUGGCCAGUGGUUCGGUGAACGGGCAUCUGCAGGACGUUCCCUUCAAGUUGCAAGUUUGUCUGAACUUGGCGUGGCCCAGGUGAAAGCCAAAAAACCUCGCCUAGGCGGGCCGCGGACUCUGCAGAACGAUUCAGAGGCAGCCCAACUUGGGCAGCACAGACAAUCUUGCAUGGCAGCCAUCAGUCAACUUCAGUCUGGUGCUGGCACGGAGACGAUCCUGGGUGCGGAGCUUCCUCGACCAGAGCCACAGAAGCAAGUGCUGUCUCAGAUGGCGGAUGCCGCUUGGGAAAUGUCGAAGCGGCGCAAGACAAAACAAGAUCCCGAGCCUUUGCCUGUUAUUGCUGACACCGUAUCCACUCCGACUGCCAUGGCCUCUUUGCUGGCUGGAAAGCCUUCUUCUGCCUCGUCAUCGUCCACGUCAGUGCCAGUAGAUGAUGCAAUUGAUUGGACGCAAGCUGUCAGUGCCGUUCAGAAGCAAGCGCAGGUGGCCUUGCAGAGACAGCAAGCCCAGGUGCAGGGGAAACCUGGCCAGCCCACUGCAUUCGUUGAUUCGAAAGGAGGAGGGAUGACUGUGAUCCCAGACGGUCCUGUCUCAGAGCCGCAGCCUGGCAGGAAAGUCCCAACAUUGCCAUUGAAACCAAUUUUGUUGCGUGGCCCUGGUGCGGAGAAAUCAUCUUUGAAGGGCUGCAUUCCGGCAACAUUUCCAGACAAGCCAGACAUUGUGCUGGUGUCGUCUAUAACGAGUCACUGGGAAUCGCCGGAGGGCCUUCUUGCCCGCUUAGAAGGCGCUCGUUUUCGUGACCUCGAGACAUCCCGUGAGGUGUUCUUCAGGGGAGCUACACAGUGUCAGCAUUUCGUGCUCUACGUGUCCGACAGCUUUGCGAAGCAGCACCCCGUGCAUUUGCAAGCCCUGGAAGCAUGUGCUAGCCGCAGUCCCCUGAUGUUUUCAAGCCGUGCCAAGGGAAAGGUCAAACGGCUGGAAGUGCAUACUGGAUACACGGCUCUUCCAGAAGAGCUUUUGUUUCCAGAAUUCACCUAUCUUCUCGUGGCAAAAGUCUCAGAGGGUGAAGAGGGUGCGAAGCACCAGCUGGAUUUACGCAUGCUGCUCAACCGCUGCAGCCGCUGCUAUGCUAACUAG